GACGCAUAACAUAUCUAAUAUAAAGUGGUGACAAAACAUCUGAACAUCAGAAAACUAAGAUACAAAAAAGGGAGCCCUUUGGAGAUUGCUGGACGGGUUCACUCGUUCAUCGAUUUGAUUGAUCACGGGUCAUCAUGUGUGGUGUAGGCCGCGGCUGUCGGCUCCGCUCGCCGUAAACACGUACCGGCUGCACCGGCAAUUACAUGAGGACUGAACGGAAACAGGACAUCACACAGCAGGCGGGACAGAAUGAGCGCAUCCGACGUUUGUGCAUCAAACGCGCUUUAAGAGUGACGUGAGACUCGUGAUGGAGGACUGGAGCGAGUGUUUGGAUGUGGCUGUGCGGAUCGCGCGCAGAGCCGGACAGGUGGUUCAGGCAGCGGUGAAGCAGGAGAAGCGUGUGAGCAGCAAGAGCACACCCACAGACCUGGUGACAGAAACAGACCAUCAGGUGGAAGAGCUCAUAAUCUCCACACUCAGGGAGAGAUACCCCUCACACAGGUUUAUCGGAGAGGAGUCUUCUGCAGCCGGGGAGAAGUGUGAACUAACAGACAGCCCAACAUGGAUAAUAGAUCCCAUUGAUGGAACAUGUAACUUUGUGCACAGUUUCCCAAUGGUGGCAGUAAGCAUCGGAUUUGCAGUGAGGAAAGAGCUUGAGUUUGGAGUCAUUUUCCACUGCUUUGAUGGGACGUUAUAUACAGGCAGAAAAGGUCACGGAGCGUUUUGUAAUGGGGUUCGGCUACAGGUUUCAAAAGAAAAAGAUGUGUCCAAGGCCCUCAUUUUGACAGAGAUCAGGGCAAAGAGAGAUCUUGCCACACUGGAUAUCUUUUUAGGAAAUAUGAAGAAACUAUUAAGUGCACCUACUCAUGGAGUGCGGAUCAUUGGCAGCUCUACACUAGCACUUUGUCAUAUAGCCAGUGGGGCGGCAGAGGCCUAUUACCAGUAUGGCCUGCACUGCUGGGACAUUGCAGCGGCCGCAAUCAUCAUCAGGGAGGCAGGAGGCUGUGUCAUCGACACCACAGGGGGCCCCCUCGAUCUCAUGUCCAGACGAGUUGUGGCUGCUGGGACUAGAGAGAUAGCAGAUUACAUCAUAAAGCAGCUGCAGCCAAUAAACUACGGCCGUGAUGACGGUGACCCAAAUGCCCUGGCCUGAUUACUGCCGUGACCUCUAACCCUUUUACCUCAGAACACAGCAUCCUGCCACGUUACAUCUGCAGCAUCUUUUUAAUGUAACAUUCACAUUUUUGUGGUUUGUUUUUAUUUUUAUGAUUUAACAUGAAACUAUUUGUAUGCUUUCCACACAUCCAAAACUUAUGGUGUCCUUUUGAGUAAUUAAUUUUUGGGUAAACAUAAAGAUAAGUUGUAAUCACUGUAUCCACAGCUCUAUAUAUAUAUAUAUAUAUAUAUAUAUAUAUAUAUAUUAAUUGUAGUUUAUUAAACAUAGGAGGCAUAUUUUCAUCGUGUUAACUGGAUUUUCAAUAUGCUAUUCAUAAUUUAUGUUUUAAGAUGCCUUGAAAUGGCAGGAUAAUGAUAAUGCCAAAUCAUAAUCAAAUAAAUAAUCAAAUCCAUACAAAUAUAACUAAAAACUUGGAUUUCACACUACAACAAGGGAGAAAUGUAAAUUUAAUUUAUAUAAAUUUAUGGUCUAAGAAAAGCAACAGGUUAUGGACUGAAACAGGUCGUUAAAUAUUGUAUAUUUAAUUUAGGUAAGGAAUUUAAAGAAGGGUCAGCGAAUUAAAACAAUGUAGGAAUAUUAUGGUAUUGAAAUACGUGUAGCUAAUUAGAUCAUUACUCCCAACAAUGUACUGACCCUUAUGUUUUUCCAAACCAUAUGACUUUCUUUCUAAAUGUGUUGCUCUCAGUCACCAUUCUCUUUCAUUGAUUCUUUUUUCAUACUAUGAAUGUGAAUGGUGACUGAGACUAAAAUUCUGCCUAACAUCUGAGUUUGUGCUCUACAGAAGUAAGUCAGAUGUGUUUGGAACAACACAAGGGUGAGUAAAUGAUGACAGAAUUAUUAUUUUUGAGUGAACUAUUUUAUAGUUUUAAGCACUCAGUUUUAAAAGAUUAUGCUUUUCUUAAGAUACAAUUGGCCAUUAACCAACAAAACAAAAAAUACAAAACCGGUUCUUCAUGGUCAUCAGCAAUGAUAUGAUCAUACAGCAGUAGGCAGAUUCAAUGUUCUCAAUGAAUAGCUACAUCUGACCAAAUGCACUUAAUCAACUAAUGUUUUUUAUAUAUACAUUUCUAACAAUUCCAGGCACAUUUGACAUGUUUUUUUUUUUGGUUUGUUUUUUUCUUAUAAUAGAUGAUUACAGUACAAACCAGUUUUUUUUUUUUUUUUUUUUUAUAUUAUAAUAUACAG